UUCAACAGCAGUGAUAGUUAGUCAGACACCUCGGUAGCUUGUUGACAAAAUAGACGAACCAAUAAAGCUCUUUAGACGCUUUAGUGUAUAUUAGCAACUGUGUUUUAAACCCACUCAUAUCAUCUAGUUAGUUGUCCUCAAUUUAAUUUAAUAUUUAUGGUGUUGUUUUUGUUUUUGUUCAAGCUUGGUCAGCUAGCAGGCUGGUUAAGUUAGCAUUAGCCUAGCUAGCUAACAACUCCGACGAUGAGUUCACUGAGCUACUCUCCUGCUAAAGAAGAGGAGGUCUGCUGGACGGAGAAAGAGGGUCUGUGGCUGAACAUUGUCGUCAAAGAGGAGAAGGAAGAUGAGGAUGUCACAGUACAAAAACAAGUAGAGAGUGAGGCUGUUACAGUGAAAGAAGAGAAAGACGUUACAUUGACAGAAGAUGAAGACGCGUUUAGAGUGAAAGAGGAGGAGGAUGUUACAGUAAAAGAAGAGGAGGAUGCAGUUUUUGGAGUGAAGGAGGAGGGGGAGAUGACUGUCACAUCCAAAAAGGAGGAGGAAGAAGAGGAGGAAACUGGAUAUCUGGGCCCGGUUUCCCAAAGUCAACUUAAGGCGUCCAAUGGUUCUAACGGUGAACUUAACAGUAAGAUGGUUUUGAGAAACCGUUCCCUGAUUAAUACUAGAGAGAGACGGGACUAUUGUGGAUCCUCUGGGGAGCCUCAACAACAGCAUGAUGCUGAAGAGACAGAGGAGAGUCUCUCCGCAUCAGCACACCUCAAUAAACACCCGCAGAGACCCACAGGGAAGAGAACUCAUUGCUGCUCUGACUGUGGGAAGAGAUUCCCCUCUUCAGCUGACCUUAAAAGACAUCUGAGAAUCCACACGGGAGAGAAACCUAAUAGCUGUGAUCAAUGUGGGAAGAGUUUUAGUGUUACAAGCAGCCUGAAAGCACACCAGAAAACACACACAGGAGAGAAAUCUUAUAGCUGUGAUCAAUGUGGGAAGAGAUUUGUUACAUCUAGCAGUCUGACUAUACACCAGCGAAUACACACUGGUGAGAAACCUUAUAGCUGUGAUCGAUGUGGGAAGAGUUUUAAUGUUCCAAGCAGCCUGAAAACACAUCAGAGAACACACACAGGAGAUAGACCUUAUAGCUGUAGUCAAUGUGGGAAGAGUUUCACUUCAUCUAGCCAGCUGACUAUUCACGAGAGAACACACACAGGAGAGAAACCUUACAGCUGUAGUCAAUGUGAGAAGAGGUUUACUCAUUCAAGCAACCUGAUGGUACAUUUGAGAACACACACUGGAGAGAAACCUUAUAGUUGUGAUCAAUGUGGGAAGAGUUUUGUUACAUCUAGCUGUCUGACUAUGCACCAGAGAACACACACAGGAGAGAAACCUUUUAGCUGUGAUCAAUGUGGGAAGAGUUUCACUCAGGCAAAUAUCCUGAUAGCACACCGGAGAACACACACAGGAGAGAAACCUCAUAGUUGUGAUCAAUGUGGGAAGAGUUACUCUGGUAAAAGAUCUCUGAUAAAACAUCAGAAAGUACAUACAUGAAGGACUUGUUUCAUGAUAUCAAUGAAAUAAUGUCACAAUGUAGAAUGUUGUAACAUUGUAGUAGGAGUGUUCUAAUGAUGUCACAAUGUAGAAUGUUUUAACAUUGUAGUAGGAGUAUUCUAAUGAUGUCACAAUGUAGAAUGUUUUAACAUUGUAGUAGAAGUAUUUUAAUGAUGUCAUAAUGUAGAACCCUAAAUGUUUGCCCCCUGUUCUAUUGAUUUCAGCAUGAUAUGGAUAUUAGCCUCAUCAGGGGAAAAAUUCAGGGUCUGAAAUGAAAGAGUACUAUUUAUGUGAUUAACAUCGUGUUGUGUUAGACUUACCUCAUCGGUGAUCCACUACACUUCAAAAUGUAGCUAGCUGUUUUCUACAAAUUGUCCUCUAACCAAUGAUGUACACAUUAUUCCCAGAUUCCUUGUGGUUUUUGAGCUGUUAGGCACAAUUGAUUUCAACAUGAUAUUGAUGAGUGAUGACAAAUAAGUGUUGCGUUCCAUUGUUUAGCGACCCCUACAUUUAAAUGCAUCACUCCAACAUGUAGCUGACUGUCUUCUGCAGGUUGUCCUCUAACCAGUGAGGUAAAAGAUAUCUUCCAUUUCCAUGUGUUUUUUUUAGUUGUGUUAGCAUCAAUAGCAUUUACAGCCUGAUUUCCACACUAAUAGAUAUAUCAGUGAUUUAUUGCCUCUUGUUGUUUCUGGAAAUUGGUUAUUGAUUCGGACAGGUUAAAACUGUGUUUUGACAUUGGGGCUAUCCCACCAAGUAAAGACUAUUCUGACAUCCAAUCUAAAUUCAGUUU